ACCGGAAGUUCAACAUUAUCACCCGGGCCGAAAACCCCUCCGUCUGUUUAUGCUUUAGAAAGAAGUUUUGAUUUUAUUCUGGUUAACUUCUUCAGAAACACUCAAGUUUAGUUAAAUCAAAAACCGCAAGACGGUUAGGUUCUUAUUAAACGACCCACAAAGCAACAAAACUGGCCCCUCCACUGCCUGUCACCAUGCCCGCCCUGCUGGAGAGACCCAAGCUGUCCAACGCGAUGGCCAGAGCCCUCCACAAACACAUCAUGAGGGAGAGGGAGCGCAAGAGACAAGAGGAGGAAGAGGUGGACAAAAUGAUGGAGCAGAAGAUGAAGGAGGAGGAAGAGAGGAAGAGAACUAAAGAAAUCGAGGAGAGGAUGUCUCUGGAGGAAACCAAAGAGCAGGUCAUGAAGAUGGGGGAAAAACUACAGGGCCUCCAACAAGAGAAACACCAGCUGUUCUUACAGCUCAAGAAAGUUCUUCAUGAAGAGGAGAAGAGACGCAGAAAGGAACAAAGUGAUAUCACAACACUGACUUCAGCCAGCUACCAAUCCAGCCUGCCCAUGCAUGCAGGGCAGCACCUCCUCAGUAUUCAAGGAAACCCAGUCAGCCACAGUCGACCCGGUGCACUGCUGGGAGAACGUAGCAAACAGCUGUUCCCCGCAGCUGUGAUUCCAGCACGUCACUAUCAGACGCCGGGGUUCAGCUCGAGCUCAGCGGAACACGGACAGUUCAGCGGAGGCCAGGGUGUCCAUGAACCCUAUGGUGUGGCUCAGGCCCAGCAUCCCUCCACCUACGCCCCUGGACCAUCUGUACCUGUCAGUUUUGCAAGCAGCUCUCAAAUCAGAGGAGCGUCUGCGUUUCAGGCCAUGCAGUACCUCCCUCACCAGCAGCCGGGUUACCCUGUACACAGUCACUUCACCUCCCAGCCCGGAUACAUCCCUGGAGCUGGAAUACCUCUCCAGAAGCAGCUGGAACACGCCAACCAACAGUCAGGCUUCACUGAUGCAGGUGCUUUAAGGCCGAUGCAUCCACCAACCAUGCAUCCUUCUGCUCCAGGACUGCUGCCGACACCGUCAAUGGCUGUUCAGAUUCCCACUGCAAAGUCCCCGUUCCAGAGCUCUCCCCAGGGUGCUCCUCGCCACGGCUUCCUCCCCCACAGCCAGAGCGGCCAGAGGUUCUACCACCACGGCAAGUAAUCCUCCGACUUCUGCUUCAUCGUCACUGAGAUUUUACCGCUUGGCCGAAGAAUGGAUCGACUUCUUCAAAAAUAAAAGUCCCAUGAUUUGUUUUAUUUCCUGUAAAGUAUCUUGUUUUGAGCUUUGUCGAUGCUUAUGUGCUCCUGAUUUUUUAAAAAUAUUUUUAAAUGUUCAUUUGUAAAAUAGAUUAUCUUACCUUCACUUAAGUAAUUUCAUUCUGGAGUUGCUUAUGUGCGCCACAAUGUUAUUAUCUUGUAUAAAUCAAGACUGCACGGACCGGAGCUUAUUCUUUGUUUACUGAAAUUCAUAUUCAGACAUCUGUGGAGAGUUUACUGUCUCUGCUUGCUAAAAGUGUCAAAGCCUCAGCACCAUGUGGAUCAAAGCAACAGGGUUCCACUGAGUUAACACACACACACACACACACUCUGGUGAAAUCAUUGGUUAAUCACUUCGACAAAAUGAAGGAUUCUCCAUCUUAAAGGAAGUUUAAGUCUCUGCUAUUUGUAAAGCUUUUAUGUUACUAAAUAAAACCAUAAGCAAACAUCGAA